AGUUUGUUAGGCAGAGGAGCCUGGUAGAGAACUGAUGGGUGCACAGGUCCUGAGACACGAAAGCUGGUGCUUCGUAAGCAGUGCGUGGACCCUCGACUCCCAGCCUCCUCACAUCCACACUCUGGGAACCGGAUUUGCCUUUAGGCUCCGUGGCUGGCCCGGGUCUCGAGAAGAGUCUGCUAAGUGGACUCAAUGGCCCCACCUAGGCCUCCGAGGGCAGGAAAGAAAACAGAGAACCCCCCACUGCCUUGCAAGUCCCCAAAGAUCAAAGGCCCGGACCUCACCCCUGUCAUCUGCACAUCUCCUCCACUGGGUGGCAAUCCCGAAUGCCCUCCGUUCCAGCCGUCCCUAGCUGCCACCCCGGGGUCCCAGCUCAGUCAGAAGUCCAGAUGUCCUGGGUGCUACCAGGAGGAGAGACUGGUGGUGUUCCUGUGCCUGCUGGUGGUGGUGUCACUGCUCCUGGGCUGCACUGGUCUGGCUGUGACCCUUAUCAAGUACCAGGAGGUGGUGGGAGAGCUGAGAAUGCUGACCUUUCAGCAGACGGCAUGGCAAGCAAGUGUGACUGGCACGGCAGGGCUGGCUGGCCUGAAGAAGGAUAUUGACCACAUAAGAACUAACACCAACCAGUCCCUGGUAGAACUUCGGGGCUUAUUAGACUGUACCAGGACCACCUGCCCUGAGGGCUGGCUCCCCUUUGAGGGCAAGUGUUACUACUUCUCCCCAAGGACCAAGUCAUGGGAUGAAGCCCGGAAGUUCUGCCAGGAGAAUUACUCUCACUUGGUCAUCAUCAGUAGCUUCGCCGAACAGAAGUUUGUGGCCAAGGCUCAUGGCUCUCCACGGAUCUACUGGCUGGGGCUGAGUGACAGGGACCAUGAAGGGGACUGGAAGUGGCUGGAUGGGUCACCUGUCACUCUGAGCUUUUGGGACCCAGAGGAGCCCAACAACAUCAACGAUGAGGACUGUGCCAGCAUGAACAAAGGUGGCACCUGGAAUGACCUCUCUUGUGACAAAACGACCUACUGGAUUUGUGAGCGGAAAUGUUCCUGUUGAACCCCACGGCUGAGGGUGGGGGGGGGGUCCCUACUCGAGUGCCCCUCGGCUCUUGGGGAUGAGAACCUCCCGCCCUUCCACGGAAGACUCUGCCAGUCUGUGAACCAACACGGAUGGACCUACGACGGAACCAGCAGCUUGGAUGGAGCCAGUCCCCUUGGGUGCAAGUGAGAGCAAUUCUCUGGCGACUAGAGGGCUUGUGCAAUUGGAUGAUGUCCUAGUCUAUUCAGGCCGCUGUACCAGAAUACUGGAAACUGGAUGGCUUACAGGCAAUAGAGAUUUACUUGUUGAAUUUCUGGAAGCCGGGAAGUCCAAGGUGAAAGUGCAGUGCUUGGUGAGGGCCCACUUUCUGAUUCGCAGAGGGCCAUCUUGCUGUGUUCUGUUAUGCUGCAAGGGGGGAGAACUCUCUGGGGUUCCUGUUAUAAGGAACAAAGAGUUCCACCCUUAUGACCUGAUCGCCUCUCAAAGGCCCUUAUCGCCUUGAACCAUCACAUUGAGGGUUAGGGUUUAAGAUACGAAUUGGGCGGGGGACACACAAUUCAGUCUGUAGCAGGUGGCGAGCUGGCAGGAGACCAGGUCUUAGACAUUGUCUCCCAGCUCUGGGGGCUGGAGGAAACUCACCAAGUCCUUGCUCCCGGCUCCGCAGAAGAAAUUCUGGCCGCGGGGGGCUCCGGGUCUGAUAAUGACUGAGCUGGAGCGGAAAACUCCCUGGCUCUUCUGAACCCUGGGGUGCUGGCCCAGGGCUCCCUUACUGCCUACCUGAUGUGGAACAGCUUCUGGGAAAGCAGGUGGGGAAAAAUUGUCCUUGACAAAGCAACUUUCUCAAUGUCCCAGGUGAGGUUUGCCUGACCUAGGGGGCAGAAUCAGGCCUCUGCCAAGACUUGGCCUGUGAAGCUUCCAGAAAGGCAGACCACCUGAGAGGCAAGCCCGCCCCCUCCCCCAAUGUGUGGUCAGAUUCCCAGGACAGCGGCGGUGGCUACCUAUGCCUGCACCUGCCUUUAGGCUGUUGGUGGUUUGCAAAGAUCUUCGAUGAAUGAUUCACUUUUACUUGCCGUGGACCUUCCUGGACCAUUAGCUCUUGCCGUGUGAGAGCUUCUCAAAAUGUCAGUUCGAUGUGUGGCCCUUGCCCAAGGUGACGGUCUGCUGUGGGGGAGGGCGUGUUCCACAAUAAAGCACCAUAGACUGGCUUAAAUGCGAGAAGUUUACUGCCUCCUCGUUCUGGAGGCUGAAGUCUAAGACUGGCGGGUCGAAGUCGUUGGUUUCUGGGGAGGUGUCUCUCCUUGAGUUGUAUCUGGCUCUCGGCUCCCCGUGUCUCCACAUGGACUUGUCCUUGUGCGUAUCUGUGUCCUAAUCUCUUCUUCUUAUGGAGACAUAGGUCAUAUUGGAUCAGGGCCCCUUGCAAUGACUUCGUUUUCAUGAAUUACCUCUUCAAAUACGGUCACAUUCCGACGUCCUGGGGGUUGGCACUUGAACACGUGAAUUGUGGGGGAGAGCAGGACAGCCUGCAAUACCCUCUAAUGGACCGGUGCUCCGCCCAGUGGUUCUGACCAUCAGAAACACCCUCGAGGGGAGGCUGGUACUACCCACAGCUGAACACAACGCAACAGGGCAGACCCUUUGGACAAUCCCCCAAUUGUAUCCAAAGGGUUGUGGGCAUUCUCCAAACUGAUCAAUUGCUUGAUCAACAACUACCCUUGGUGAGUAGCUGAAUCCUUGUGUUGACUGACAGCAGGGGAUCGAGGCAAGGAGGCUCUGGGCAGAGGGGCAGUGGGGGAGGUUAGCGUUCACUUCCCUUCCAGCUCCCCUCUCUCCUUGUCUCCUCCCCCGUCUACACCUGUCCCCAACUCACCAGGACUGAAACCAGCCCCCCAUACAGCCCAUAGACUAUAGCGUGGGUGGGUAUCCAACCCCAGGGGGCCGUUGGUCCAAGUGACUGUUUAUCUGGGGUCAGGGGAAGUUCCUGCAUCUCAGAAGAGGAAAUGUGAGCCUCCUGCAAUGUGUUGAAAAAUGGAGAAGCAGGGGCUGUUGUCACAUCUUUGGGUCGUGCUGGGGUGUUCCACAGUGGGGCUGGCUCAAACCUAUCUCCCUCCCACAUCUCUCAUGACUGUCUAGUUUUAGGUAGAGAGAUAAGUGUGAAGGAGGUCCCCUUUACCACUUUGGGCGUAAGGGAGCAAAGGCUGGGCAUUUUUGGUGCAUAAAAAUAACAAAAGUCACCGUUUAUCAAGCACGUACUGUGUGCUAGACAGACACAACGACUCUGUGAAGUUGGAACAACUACCAGCCCCAUUUUAUAGCUGGGGAAACUGAGGCUUGUCCAUUGUCAUCUAGUGGCACAGCUCAUAUUUGGACUCAGUCUGUGCCUCCAAUGGUUGAUCUCUUUCUGCAGCACCUGCCACCUUUCAAGGGUCUGUAAACUCGAAUUAUCCCUGAGACCCCAACCUUGUAGCUCUUGUCUCAGCUGGCAGUCAUGGGAAGGGAACAGUGUGGUGUGUUGGAACAGACAUCCUGGGCUGAGGCAGGACACUAGGAAUUGAGUUCUGGGUCUGUUGAAAUAAUCUGUGCGGCUCUCCUGGGGCUAUGAUGAAAAUGCGGGUGAGAGGAAGGGUAGGAAGAAAAUUAAUCUAUUCAGAAGAGAAAACUAAUGGGAUUUGCUGAUGGAGUGAAUGUGGGGUGUGAGAGAAAGAGAAGAGUAAAGAAUUACUCCAAAAUUUUCAACUAAAGGAACAGGAAAGAUGGAGUUAUUAUUACCUAGAGCUGAGGAAGAAAAUAAUGCUUGUGGACACAUUUAUUUUUGUUUUAAUUAAAAAAAUUUUAAGUUUAUUUAUUUACAGAGACUCGAUAACACAUCUUUGAACACAGCUUGGACUGGCUGCCUUUCUUUCUCUGACUCCCGUCUUCACAUUCCUGCUGGUGUUUCCUGGGAUCACCUCCAAAAUAAAGUACUUAUGCU